GUGCUGCCAGGGAGAGGACCUGCUCCAACAGGUUUCUGCUGCGGCGUGAAGAGGGUGUGGAUGCAAUCACAGCCAGACUGGAGCAUGUUGUCCUUCCAAACGAUGAGGCUGCACGAAAACCUCAUUAGCUGAGUCUUGGACAACGAGGUGGAGAAAACGUGAGACUGACUGCAACCCAUGCAGUCGAGGACUCUGAAAGAAAACUGCAACAAAGUGGAGGAGAAAAUUAUGAAAGGCCCUGAUCAGGAAGCAGAAACUUAAAUCUUAUUAGGCAAAAGGGAAACUAACAGUGAGUGGCCUCCACCUGUCAUAAAGCUAGUCGAUGAUCAACGAGUUUGUGUGUGGGUGGGUGUGUGUGCGUGCGCGCGUGCGUGUGCGCGUGUGUGUGGAGGUUCGGAUGGGCGGGGCUUACAGUUGCUGCUUCUCUCCGCCUUUGGUCUCCACAAUAACUGCCCUUAGAAGGAAAGCCCGUCAGUCUGCGAACAGGCAAGCAUUUUUAUUUAUUUAUUUAUUAAAUUUGUUGUUGUUUUAUUUUUUUGGCUCCUGCUCCCCAGCUUAAAGCCAACAAAAACAAAAACUCCGUCAUUAGAUUCACUUCUCUGCUCCGCUACAAGAUUUUUUAAAUUCAUUAUUAUUCUUUCAUAAUACAGUUGGACUCCGUUUUUGUUUUUGUUUUGUUUUUUACACGUGCAGCGUGUUUGAAUAUGAAAUCGCCUUCAUUGAUUAAUUCAGAACUUUUUCCUGCCGUUUCUUCUUUUUAAAAAAAAAAAUAAUUUCUUAUUCUCUCUGUAAACUCAGAUUGGUUUGGACCGUCCCUGUUAGCUUCAUCCAGGCUAUCAACCCACAACCUAAUCCGCGUGUUUGUCCUGCGGGAUAAUCUCCGCAAGUCUGUAUCUGAUAAUAGCAGCAGGAGAGCCGCGGCGCGGGCGGCGCGGCGCGGCGGAGCGGUGAUCUGCUGAAGCCGCGCAGGCGGAGCGGCGGCUGUGACGCUUCGGGACAUGGAGAUGCUGCGGCGCUCCUCCGUGUUUGCGGCCGAGGUGUUCGACCGGUCGCCCACCGACAAGGAGCUGGUGUCCCAGGCCAAGGCGCUGUGCAGGGACUACAUCCACUCCCGGCUGAACCGCGCCGGGAUCGGCUGGUCCAGACCCGAGCAGGGAGUGGCGGUGGCGGGAGGGAAGCUGGCGGAGGUGUCCCUGGUGGUCCAGUGGCUGGGUGACGAGUUGGAGUACCUCCGUCCCAACGUUUACCGCAACGUGGCCCGGCAGCUGAACAUCACGGUGGCGGUGGAGGGCGUGGUGUCCGACGCCUUCAUGGCUAUCGCUGCGGACGUCUUCUCAACAGGAGUGACGUGGGGGAAGGUGGUCUCCUUGUACGCCGUGGCGGGAGCCCUGGCAGUGGACUGUGUGCGUCAUGGUCAUCCAGCCAUGGUUCACACCAUCGUGGACUGCAUGGGGGAGUUUGUCCGCAAGAGUUUGACCUGGUUGAAGAAAAGAGGAGGCUGGGCGGACAUCACGAAGUGCGUGGUGAACACCGGCCCCACCCUGUACUCCCACUGGCUGGUGUCUGCUGCCUUUGCGUUCGGGCAUCACCUGAAGGCCGUGGUGUUGUACCUCCUCAGAGAGAAGUGAAAGACUCCGCCGGCGCCACGAGAGCCUCCGCCGUGUGGGGCCAACGUUUACACUGUUUUGCACUGAGCCUCGGUGGACGGGCCGCUAAUCUCCUGUCUAUUUAUUGUUGGCGCUGCUUGUGUCAGGGCACGCUUUUUAAAUUGAGUUUACACAAUCACACUUUGGGAUUUUUUUUUUUUCUUUCUUGUUUUAGAAAAAAAAAAGUUUGUUUUUGUUCUCAAGCUGCUGCACUGUAUGUAUUCCUUUAUGGGGGACUUGCAUGCCACCUUGUGGUGAUUAAGGGUAAAUGCUUCUCACGUCAAUGAAUAACCAAGACUUUUUCAUGAGAUUCUAAGUUGAACACAGAUCACCACAUCUGAUCGUGGUGGUACUCAUAACACAAAUAGGCAGUUUUGCUCUUCAGGCUCGGCCGAUUAUUUGAACAAGAGUGUGGAGGAAAUUAUUAGAGAGGUUAAAGUUCAAAACAUUGAAAUGAUUCGAGGGAAAGCAGUUCAAAAAUGUGUUUUGCCAUGACGUACAAGGGUAAACUGAAGAGUGCCUUGCAAAAGUAUUCAAACCUGUUUAGAGUCACAUUUUUUUUUAUGUCACAACCACGCAGUGUAACUUAUUUUACUUCAAUUUUAGGGGAAAGACCAAAACCAGAUAUCGUUCAUGACCGCUGUUUUCCUCAAUACUUUUCCACUGUUGCUCUCGAUCAGAGGCCUUCAGCUCAGUUUAUGCUGAGAUUAAAUUACACACAAAGGUGGACUCUAUUUGCUAAUUGGGUGAAAUUUGAAGGCAGCUGAUUGAAUUUGAAAAGUGGGUGGAAUACAAAUGCAAAACACUUUUUUUUUUUUUUUUUGUUAAUAAAGCAUGCGUAAAUUUCCUUCCAUUUCAAAAACAUGAACAACGUUGGGUUUGUCUACCACUUAUGAUCCCAGUAAAAUACCAUAAGGUUUGCAGAUGUGAGAAAAUCCAAAGAGGUUAAAUACUUUUUGCGACGCUCUGAUUCACAUGGAAAAUUUGACAUUGCUUUCUCAUGACUCUUAUUUUUCUGCUGCUUUUCAGUUUAAAAUAAACAAAUAAAUAAAUAACAAAGAAGCUCUUUAAGAAACAUUAAGGACGAGUUCCUGGUUAGGUGUUUCCGGGCAAGUUUCCCUCCGUCUCUAUGGUUACCACUAUUGUUGCUGCACUGUAUAAGGAGCUGUUAAGUGAUGAUACUCAUGCAGUUUGUAUAUUGAUUUUAUUCCAUGAAUAACUUCACUGCUGUGUGUAGCGUUAAGCAACCUAUUAAAUAAAUGUUUGCCAGAACUGUAAAUAGUAAUAAAUGGUAAAAAAUUUGAUUUUA